UUUAACGUCAACUGCACGUGUUAUUUUUGCUUUCAAACCUUAAGACUGACGUAAACAUGGGAAACACUGAAAGUAAUGUGACAAGUGGUGUAAAAAAACAAACAGAUACAUCAUCUAUUGUGCUAUACAAGCUAGUGGAUUUGAAAGGUGGUGGACUAUUGGUCGAUAUGAUGAAAAGAGCGGCGCAGACCAAGCAAUUCGCAGAGUUGGAUCACGCAGUGAGAACUAAAGUGGAACCGUUUUUAUAUAACAAAGGAAAGGGGAAAUGGAUUCCCGUUGAAAAAUUGGUUCUGCUGCGGAACAAGGAGCGCCCGAAACAUAAGAUGCUGCCACAAUUGAGAUCGAUGGAAAAUCCCCAGGAAUACGACAUACAUGCUGAUUUAGAUGACGAUGAAAUACAAAGCGAUGAAAUAGAUAAAAGUAAAUACAGAGAAGUCUGUUGGAGUCUGAACGAACGAGGCGCCGUAGGAGAGACAAUUUUACAUCUGUGCAUGUUAAAUGCAACUGCAAUUCAUGCGGACCUAGCCAAACGUCUACUGCGCUUUUAUCCUAAGCUUAUUAAUGACAUAUACAUCAGUGACGAAUACUACGGUGAAAAUGUUCUACAUAUCGCGAUUGUAAACGAAGAUCCAGCUAUGGUGAAAUUUUUACUUGAUAGCGAUGCCGACGUUCAUGAACGAUGCUUUGGUAAUUUUAUGUGUCCGGAAGAUCAAAAAGCAUCUCGAACCGAUAGCAUAGAACACGAAUGGGUAUCUGUUGCUCCAGAGACGAAUUACGAUGGAUAUGUAUACUGGGGUGAAUAUCCUUUAAGUUUUGCCGCUUGUUUAAAUCAAGAGGAAUGCUACCGUUUAAUUCUUGCCAGAGGGGCAGAUCCCGAUAAGCAAGACACCAAUGGAAAUACGGUCCUGCACAUGCUGGUUAUUUAUCAGAAGCUCACAACAUUUGAUAUGGCCUACGAAGUCGGAGCGUCACUUGACAUCAGAAAUGUUCAACACUUAACGCCGUUAACGUUAUCAGCAAAAUUAGCUAAAAUUGAGAUGUUUUUCCAUAUCCUCAAUAUCGAACGGGAGAUAUAUUGGCAAAUUGGAAGUAUAACAUGUGCAGCUUAUCCGUUGUCUCAAAUUGACACAAUUGACGAGAAUACUGGAAGAAUUAGCAACAAUUCUGCUCUCAACUUAGUUGUGUUUGGGGAUAAAGAUGAACAUCUAGAACUUAUGGAUGGUAUGCUAGUGGACCUAUUAAAUGCAAAAUGGAAUACUUUCGUAAAAUCGAGUUGGGAUGAUAACACCGAAGGAUGCAGACUGAUGCAGCUUACGAGUACGGUGACGACAAUACGUUUGACUACAGAAAUUUUGAUGGAAGUUGGUGCAAUUCUAUACAUUGCUGCGGCUCUUCGCGAAGCGAGAUUCCUUGGACUUAACAUGUUCAUCGAAAACCUGAUGACUGCACCGUCUCGAGUGAUGUUCCUAUUCUCGUGUUGCAUUUUACUGUCAUUUCCAUUUUUGAGACUGGUGUGCGCAGAUGAGGUCGAGGACAUGUUAGCCGUUGUUGUAAUGUUAACAACGGCACCGUAUUUUUUAUUUUUUUGCAGAGGAUUUAAAACAGUUGGUCCUUUUGUUGUAAUGAUUUAUAGAAUGAUCAUGGGUGAUUUACUUAGAUUUGUGUCAAUAUACCUGGUCUUUGUCAUGGGAUUUUCACAAGCUUAUUACAUUAUAUUUCUGUCUUUUGAUAAUCCCGAUACACCGGAGGGAGUCGACGAUUCCGUUACUAAUCCAAUGCCGUCACCCAUGGAAAGUGUAAUGGCGAUGUUUCUUAUGAGUAUGACGAACUUUGGGGAUUACUAUAGUACAUUUGAACGUACGGCACAUGAACUGGAAGCCAAGGUUCUAUUUGUGUUAUAUAUGGCAAUAGUAGCUAUUCUGUUGGUAAACAUGUUGAUUGCCAUGAUGGGAAAUACGUACCAAAAAAUUGCGGAGACGAGAAACGAAUGGCAACGACAGUGGGCUCGAAUAGUUCUGGUGGUUGAACGAGGUGUCAGUCCUACUGAAAGAUUAAAAAAAUUGAUGGACUACUCACAGCCAAUGUCUGGCGGUCGAAGAGCCCUUGUUCUUCGUUUAAAUCAAUCGGAAACAGAUAAGGAAGAGAUGAAAGAGAUUUUAGAAAUGAAAAGGACACACGAUAGAUUGCUGAAAAAACGUCAAGACAGAUUAUAUCGCAAGGAAAUUGUUAAAUAAAAAAUCAUUAUACAACUUAUCCUUGCAUUAUUUAUCCAAAGAACGGCGUAUGUUUCGAUAUAUUACUAAAUUACGGUUAAGAAGUAAAGGCAUUGUAAAAUUAAUUUUUUGGAAUACAGAACGAUGGCUUCCAUGAAGUUUGCAAUAUGUGCUCCACUAGACGUCUCUAGUUUAAAAAAGGCACCAGAAUGAACACGUGUAUCAAAUGAUUGACCAAUCUGCGUGAACAUAAACGCAUUUCUCUUCGAACAGUAGGUUUUAAGAAAUUGUUAUAUAAAAAAUGUUGUAUUCACCAUGGACUACAAUCAACAUGCCGUCGUCCGUUCAUGUUUUUCAUGUUUUACGCUGUUUGAAGACUUGGAAUAGAAAAUGAAGAGUUUCGGGAUUUAGCUCGAACAAUUUAGAAUACUAUAGAAAAUGGAAUAUUACAGAAUCAGAUGGGAAAAUAUAGAAAAUACUUUCACGAACGAUUGCAAAAUUUGUAUUACAGUUAAGCGUCACAGAUGGCGCCGUUGGUACAUUAGAGUAUGAACAAUCUACGAUCCCCGACCUAACACCCCUUGGCGACAAUGGACGCGGGUCAUUCCCGAAGUCCAUAACAAAUUUAACGUCAAUAUUUUUAAGGAAUAAUAAAUUAAUUUAACACGCGUUCAAAAUUGUUUAGAAUGUUACGUUUCCAAUAUGGCAGAUGCCGCAGAGCAUGACGUCUUUUAGUGCACAUGUAAAUAAAUAACACUUUUUAAGGAAUAAUUAAUUUGGCUCUUGCGCUCAAAAUUCUUUCGACUUAAUACUAUUUAAUAUCAAAUUUCUAAUUGGUUCUGUUAUUUUUUAUUAAGAAAUAGAAGAGCGUAAUGUACUUAGUACUCGCGUAGAAAACUAGAGACGUAUUACACAUUGUAGUAAAUACGUAGAAACCACGUACACUACAUGACGUAUUAUACCUUCCCAAAUCACUGACUUUCGUGGAUAAAUAACUUCAACUGUUAGGCGUGGCCCUUGUAUAGCAAUCUAGAAUAUGGAAGAUGGUAUAGGAACCUAUGGAAACCUAUAAUAAUAUUAUACAAAAUAUAUUUAAAAACAUUCAUCAUCUAGUAAGAAAUAUUUCAUGGAAUUUCAUAACUGUAUUUCAAUCAACAGUUUCCCAUUGUAUAAGUAUUGCUUUCUAAGGAAUACAGUCAACAUAAAGGAGUA